AUGUUGGUGGAGUCACUCCAGUGUCUAAAAGCGGCAAUGUGGGAUGGGAUUGAGAAAUGUCGGUGUGAUGGUGAGCUGCGAUGACUCAUGCUUCUGAAACGAGUUGGUUGUAACCAUGGUUUUACAGGACUCAUACAGAGGCUGAAUUCUUUUAGGAUUGGAAAAGGUGUGGGAGAGAGAUGCUAAAAAAAAUCCCACAGGUUUUAAUCAUAUGUAAACUGACAAAGAGAGAGAGAGCAGGAACAAGCCUGAAGUGUCUAAAUUGGGAGCUUCUGAGCUUGUGGCAGGAGAGAAAUGUACGGCUGAAAAGAAACAUCUGGGAUACAUGUGGUGUGGGAAUUGAGCCUCUUAGCCAGAAAAUCUGAGCAAUUUGAUCUAGCAGCUACUAAUUCCAGUCUGUGGGACUGUUAAGAGAUUGAAGAUGCUUCCCUCUCCUUGCCCGUUUUAGGAUUUAAGGAUGGGAAGAAUGCUGCUGUUAAUGCAUCAUUUAAGUAGCUAUGGUAUUUCCAAUAAUGGUUUGACUCUUUGUUUUAUCCCUGAAGGAUGAGCUGAUACCAUCCUAGGCCAGAAACUAUACAGAAGCAGACUCAGUGAAUAUGUCACUGCUUUGAAUUACUGCAUAAUGAUUUGGUCAGUAUAAUGCUGCAUACUAUGGGAUGCUGGAAGGAAAAAUACUCAGAGAUAGAGCACAUGCUUGACAUGCAGAAAUCCCAGGUUCAAUCCCCAAUAUCUCCAGUUAAAUGAACUUAAGCUCAGUUCCAGCCAUUUUCCCUUAUGCGCGCAUAGAAAAGUCACAUUAUCAGUUUUUUAGCGCUUGUCUCUAUAGAGACAGGCAGUGCCUGGAGGACUGAAGUGGGGCCAAGUAGGAGCCGGAAACAAGUUUCAUUGCUUCUGGCACCUUCCCAUAAUCUGGAGAACAAAUUGUGACAUAUAUGCUAAUAGUACAUAGAUAAUGCAUCUAACCCUUGGGCUUGAUUCCUAUGGAGCGUAGCUCAGUGAGGGAGCACUUGUGUUGCACUCUAGAAGCUCCUGGGUCAAAUCCUGGCAUCACCAGUUAAACAGAGAAUCGGGCAGUGGGUAAUGGGGAAGGUCUUUGUGGGAGCAGCUAGUGAUCCACUAUGAGUCAGAGGAGACAACACUGCGAUAAACAGAAAAAUAAUCUGAGCUGAAAAAAGAGACAGCUUCCUAUCUUCUUAUCCAAGGACAUCGUGCAGUUUUUCUGUGCUUGAUGAGCGUACACUUGAUGAUUAACUGGUGAAUGGCAUGAAUUGACUUCCUUGAAAAGCAGCAUGUUUAUUUCUUCAGAGCAUGCCAUGUUUUCAAGCAGCAAGGUUCUCAAAGCGGUUCACGAGAAUAACAAAAUUGAAAUAAUUAAAACAGUAUUUUUAAAACAGCAACUUGCAAAGUACAACCACCAACAGAAAAAAAGACAGACAGAAAAACAAAAACAAAAAAACAAAACAGUGGAUAAAAUCAUGGCACUGCACCAGCACAACAAAAUGGUCAGGUAAAAACCAAACAGAAAAAGCACACUAUGGGCUGUAUCCAAGUGCAAGAUUCUUCCACUUGAUUUGGGGCAAUCUCCACCCUUAGCAGCUUGAUAAGAUGCAGCCGAUAACGCUGAGAAAGCAGGGCUGGCCCAAGCCUUUUUGGCACCUGAAAUGAACCACAAAAUGGCGCCAUCCCCCAAGUCAGGGAAGAAGAUCAACAUCAUAAACAGAGGGGGGGGGAUCAUCCUUCCCUGCAGGCUGAAGUGGGGAUCAAAGGUCAUAGGGGGCACUCUGAAUCACGCUGGGUGGGCGCAGAGCUCAGGAGACCAAGAAGGCAGCCCCCACCAUUUGCCCCAGAAGUGUAUUCUAUUUGCCAAGAGAUCUCUGUGGAAAUGACAUGGUGGGGGGCUGCCUAGGAGGAGGCAGGUCUGGCCUCUGAGGAGCAUUGCUACUGUGACAGUGGUGGCAGCAAUGGGUGAUGUAUUUCUUAGAGGCCAGAGCUGCUGCUCCUGUGGAACCUGCCACCUGAGGCAGUUGCCUCACCUUGCCUGCUGGGUGGGCCAGCCCCAUCAGAUAGUCUCCCACCCUGAGGAGAGGCUUUGGGGGAAGGAAUUAUAUGGGGCUGCAAGGGGGAAGUAGGGAAGGGGAUGACCAGUUGCAUAAGCUGUCCUUUCCUUGUGCAACUCGACAAAAUAACAGUGACACCCUGCAUAACAUUGCCGUGCCAUAUGGCAAUUUCAGAACUGAUUUUGGUAAAGGUGAUGCAGGCUCCUUUACGUUCUUGUUGUUUAGGUGCAUUUUGAAUGACCAACGUCACCAUAAUAUUUAGAUAAUAUUUAGAUAUCCAUCAAUAAUUUUUAUCGCUGACAUACCAAAUUCCAAAGAAGGCAAAUCUCUGUAUUUUGGAGCAAUGUCAAAGAGAAGUCUAAUCUACAGUGAGAUAAAAUGAGUGGCGUUGGACUUUGUUUAUUGACGAACUGAACUUCAGCCAACAGGGCUAAAUGACUACAACACUCUUUUGGCAUUCACAAGACUUGGGUCUGUAGUUCACUCAGCUAUUAACUAAUCCUGCUUGGCAUGGGUCAUUCAUUUACUCUGAACUGAAGUUACCAGCUUAUUAUGAAAAAACACCCCCAUGUUAUUCUCCCUAGUGUAAAUAUUGGACCAACUCUGGAAGGAUAGCUGUGCUGGCCUGUGGGCAGCAAAAAGAUACAAAGGGGCAGCGCAGAUAUAAACCUCCCUCUCAACUAUUGCCAAAAUACCUAGAACUUGCUUCUGGAAUGUGACCUCUUUCACCUCUCACAUAAGGCACUGACCUUAAGAGCAGUUGAUGCAGUCCAGCAUUCCUGUCUAAUUUGGACAGUGUUAAAAUGCCAUUUCAAAUCCUGGUUGAAUGAGGAACCCUGGUUAGUAUUAAGUGUGCUUGAGACUGGUGCUGACCUUUUCCCUUCACAGUUAAGAGAGGAGUGGAGAAUUUAUGCAAGAACAAGAAGGUAAGCAGGUAUAUAGAAGUUUAUAUUGCACCCCACACCAGCCUUGUUGAAAAAGCAGCUAGAAAGAUGAACAAGCACAUGCCCUCAGGCUGGGCAACAGUCUUUGAGCUGUCGCUCAAAUGGAGCCAAUAUCACAUUUGCCUCAGCCCAAGUUUCUCAGACUUACAGUGCAAUUCUAACCAUGCCCACUAAGCACUAAGUCCUAUGGAAUUAAAUCAGGCUUGCUCACAGGUAAGUGAGGCUAGGAUUGCAGUCUAACUCACAGGAUGCUUUAAGUGGACUGCGGCAGGUAAGCUGUGAGUGCGCAUGAAUUGAGAUGGAAGGUGCAGGGGAGAAGAGGAGAUAAGAAAGGUUGGAAAGGCGAUAAUUAAAGAUAACAGGAAUGAAGUAUGGGGAGUGAUGUAUAUGCUUUGAAAGGGAGGGGAGAAGAGAGCUAAGCUGUAACUGAAGGAAAACAGAGUUCUUUCUUGGAAAUGUAAUACUUUUAUUACCUUCAUUUAGGCCUUGGUGCCUUCCAGGCCUUGCCAGCAGUUACAACCGGGCACGUGAAAAGGUUGUGGUGGAUCAGCACAGUGCUUUUGAGAUAACAGUGUAAUCGUGACUCAGGACUCAGAACUUUGCAGAUCAACAAGGCCACAGAAAACCCCAACCCUAGAGAGCAGAGAUGUCAAUAACUUUAAUCUCAGCAAGUUGAAACCGGCAGGUAAAUGCUCUAAAACUGUAACCUAUUAAAUAAUAACAAACUACAGUAUUCAUCUUCUUCCAAGUUACACAGAAAAAGAAUCAAAGGGAGAAAUGCAGUCAUUAUCUGUUUCAUGCUACAGUGGUACCUCGAGUUAAGAACUUAAUUCGUUCCGGAGGUCCGUUCUUAACAUGAAACCGUUCUUAACCUGAAGCACCACUUUAGCUAAUGGGGCCUCCCGCUGCCACCGUGAUGCAAUUUCUGUUCUCAUCCUGAAGCAAAGUUCUUAACCCAAGGUACUAUUUCUGGGUUAGCGGAGUCUGUAACCUGAAGCGUCUGUAACCCGAGGUACCACUGUACAUGGUUCGGAAUGUAGCUCCUCAAAGGAAGGUGGAAUUAAUAUUCAAGCCCGUCCCCUAUGAUGUUCACUUGUUUUUGAAACCUAUAUAGGCUGUGAUUUGACAAACUGUUUUUAUUUUUAUUGUAUUCACUAUGCUACCUCCUAGGUUCCGCCCAAAGUGACUCACAACUCCAUAACAAUACAUGAAAUAAAUGGGCUUAAACAAUGAUCAAGGAACUAGUCCACAGCAACAUUCUCUCUAUGAUAUGAUUAUAACCAGAGUGGAGUUACAACUCUCCUAAUAUUCUAGAAAGCAAUGGGAAGCAGAAACACCAAUGGUGCUGCCUGGUCAUAUUUAUGGGGCUUGAGUCUCUUCUAUGAUUAUCUUUCCAACAGCAGCGGUCAAACGCUUCCUUCAUCGCCAUCGCCAUCUCUCUCCACAAAAGAUUCCAAAUUCUUUGGGAAGUCAAUGAAAAGCUGCAACUCAAGGGCAGAAUCCAUGAGAGCAAAGCACAGGCCCUUUCUCUAAUAGGUUCCACUUGCGGACUCUGGAAUCCCUGCUCAUAGAAUUCAAGCCUUAUUUUGGAAGUUGAACUCGCAGGAAACAAGGCACCAGCAAUAGCCCUACAAGUGCCUCUUUUCAUGCUGAGACAAAGGCACUGGCUAAUUCUCCUUCUCUCUCUGAAAUGAAGCCUUUUAAUUUCCCACUCUGGUUUCUGCCGCCCCCCUUGAUUCCAUCUGUACAGUUUCCAGCAGCAACACAGGCGAGUGGCGCCUUCACAGGUGCACUCAAAGUUCAGGCUCGCUCCGAAGAGCAACUUUUACAGGGGAAUUAAGUAGAACAUUCUUUUCUGAGUAGCUAGAGAUUGGCAAUCAAGGCUGAACUUCGGAACAAAGAUAUUGUGCCUUCAGGAUUUGGCAGAAGGAAGGAGUUGCGCUUUUUUUGAGACAAAGAUCAUUUUACCAUAACAUUCAACAAUUGUGCUUAUCUAGCCAUGUAGAUCAAGAGUGGCAAUAAUUAGAGAUGUGGCCGGAAUUUCUCAACUGGAGCAGUACUCUUUCUCCUGCCUCCCAAAGUUCAAGGGGUCAGGGAUUUUGCUCCAUUGACUGCUGAGGGGAUGUAACAACUAUGAAAUCACAUAUAGAGGGGCGGGGGAGGAGCAAAGCUCUGUACAGCAGGCUGGCUAAGAAAUGUGUUUCCUUUUGGGAUGAUCAACAGUCUAUGACAUAACAAUCUUUCCAGUUUCCAAGCAUUUCUGAGGACCGCUCUCUCCUUUGCAUUGCCCCCCACCACUACACAACCUUUUAGUACUCAGGCUUGCUUUCAAAACUUUACUCGAUAAUAAAUAAAUAUACCCAUACAGAAGUGUAACAUCACAUGAGGAGCAUUGUGGUAGGUUGUGUCAUGUUAGGUUGUAUUAGGGGAAAAAGCACAUGUACAGUGGGGCCUUUGGGCCUGCUGAUCAGAAGGUUGACGGUUCAAAUCCCCGCGACGGGGUGAGCUCCCGUUGCUCAGUCCCUGCUCCUGCCAACCUAGCAAUUCGAAAGCACAUCAAAGUGCAAGUAGAUCAAUAGGUACCGCUUCGGCGGGAAGGUAAAUGGCAUUUCCGUGCGCAGCUCUGGUUCGCCAGAAGUGGCUUAGUCAUGCUGGCCACAUGACCCGGGAGCUGUACACCGGCUCCCUCGGCCAGUAAAGCGAGAUGAGCACCGCAACCCCAGAGUCGGCCACGACUGGACCUAAUGGUCAGGGGUCCCUUUACCUUUACAGUGGAGCCAUCCUAGGACAGCAGCACUGCAGAAUUCCUGUGGGAAGCCAGAAAGCAGGACCCUGUGGUUUCCAGCAAUGGGUAUUCAAAAACAUUACUGCUGCCAGUCUUCUCUGAGAUGGAAUGCAAGGUGGAAGACCCCCCUCUGGAGAAAUGCGGGGAGAAAUCACAGAACUGUAGAGUUGGAAAGGACCAUGAGGGUCAUGUGGCCCAAGCUGCUGCAAUGCAGGAAUCUGGGGGGGGGGGGGAAGGAGGCCUUGAACCCACAACCCUGAGAGUCUAAUCCUCUACUGUCCCUCAUGUCCCUAAUGUGCUGCAAGGAGGGUUUCCGUCCGACACAUCUGGAAGGAGACAGAUGUUGCGGUGAGGAGACUGCUUCAGGUGGCCACCGCAGCGCGUGAAAAGAUCACAGCGAUUCUUUCCAUUUGCGCUUUGGUUUUUAGCAGAGUGCUGCUCAGAAAACAUCCUGAUAUGCUGAUGCAUAUGAUGAGCGGAAAAGGCAAACCCCAAAGGAAGUAACAGCGUGGUUAUUUUAAAAAGCAAGAAAGGAACUGCGUCUUUUUCAGUUUAAGAGGCUGUACUCCUUGCUCUACUUAGAUGCAACUUAAAACUGGCAUGCGUUUAAAUUGAUUAACAAAUGUACGGGACGUUUAGUCACGACGCGAGGUUGUGUGACCAUGACUCUCCCCUGGAGUUUGUGCGCAAUGCAAGGUUCUAAAGCGAGAAAGUAAAGAGGGCUAAAAUGGAUAGAAAUCUUGGGAAGAAGAAAGGCAUCAAUACGCACACACACACACAAUUGCCCAUAAAAGUCUACCCACGUAUAUGGGGCCUGGCAGCAUGAAUGCACCAAGAACUUCUUGUCCUUAAUCCAGUCUUCCAAAUCCCAUUAAUUAGCAAAGCCUCUUAUUUGUAAAGAAAACUACAUUCUUAAAAAAAAAGAAAGAAAACAACACAGAAUCCAUUGAGGUGAUGAUGUCAUUGCCAGAGUGAUUUGUCAGUUGUUCUAGAGAAGAACCACCCAGAGCCAAGAAAGGCACAAAGGGGGGAAACUGUGGGAGAAAGACAGCUUGAGCCAGAUGAAACCUGACCCAGGGAAGCCUUGGAAAAUAACUGCCCUGAAAAAGCAGGAGGCUUUGGGUGUUUCUGCAAGCUCAGAUUGAGGGGGAGAGAGCAAAAGAGGACAUAGAUCCUGGGUGGCAGGUUAGGGUGGCGGCAAUGUGGACACUGCCGCAGUAAGUGCUUUUUUCUGAGGGUACUCAAGGGUACACAGUACCAGCACCUCCCUCCUCCCCCAAAAAUGUUAAAAGUGUAGCACUUACUCUAACAACUUCAUGUUGAGUAUCGGCACCUUCAUAUGUCUGUGUGUGUGUGUGUGUGUGUGUGUGUGUGUAAGCACACUGGACGCAGGAGGGGAGAAAGAGGAGAACAGCUAGUGCACUCAGUUGGUUAGAGCAUGGUGCUGAUAUCGCCAAGGUUGCAGGUUCAAUCCCUGUAAGGGACAGGUGCGUAUUCCUGUAUUGCAGGGGGUUGGACUAAAUGAUCCUCAGGGUCCCUUCCAACUCUACAAUUCUGUGAAAUCUAUGCUUUGUGACUCUUCCCUCUCUCUGGAAUGCCACCCCCACCCCCCGUUUGUGAGUCUGUGUAAUGCAUGGAGCCCAGGUGGAUGGGAGAGGAAGAAAGAGAAAUGAGUUACUGUGGCAGGGAAAGAGGUUCCACUCAAUAAUAACAACAUUCAAAAUACACUACCUUACCUUGCUAUAUGACAUGGCUAUCUCUGCCCAAUCCACCUGUAAGAAGGCCCCUCCUUCCAUCCAGACUCUAUUUGCAACUUUACAGGUGUCUCUGGCCCACCUGCAGGAGAGUGGGAGGUUGGUGGUAUGGUAGACUGGUUGCCCUUGUGGCUAAUUUUGUAGAUUUGGCACUAUGUUUCCAGGACUUCUAGGUGCACAGCUCUGGCUUUCUGUGGUCCUCAGUUAUGGAUAAACAGACAGGCUCUCCCACAGCCAACCAGAUGCAAUAUUAUUCUUGUGUUUAAGAAAGGUUCCUGAGCCUGGUUGUAUUUAAUGUUAAAGAAAAAGUGCUUGAGAAGCUUGGAAACCUACCCACUGCCACAGGUUUGCUGCUGAGAACUGCCCCUGCCUGGCUGCUAUUUGCCCUUGAAAAUGCUGCUCACAGUAAACAGCAUUUUGGGCAGGGAGCAGCAAGGAAGGACCUAUUCUCUAUAGAAAGCAGAAUCAGGAGCAUGUACCAGAUCUCUCUCUCUCUCUCUCUCUCUCUCUCUCUCUCUCUCACACACACACACACACACACACACACACACGGGAAAAGCUUUACCUCCAAACUAAAACCAACCUGGUUAAAAAGCAUGCUUGUUUAAACACAAGAUUAAUCCCAGGUGUAGUAGGGCCCCUGUGUUUCUUGAUAGUGUUCCUCCUAACAAUUUCUAUGGCUAUUAUUCAGUCUUCCUCCACUUUCUGAAGUAUAUAUGCUUCUCAGUUUUCAUUCUUUCUGCCUUCUCCACUUAAUGCCUACUCUGCCUUAUCUUCCUUCCCCAGCCAUUUCCCAGCUUCCACACUCAAACUUAUCCUCUCUGCAGUCUGUUGUAGGAACAGGCGUUACACUGCCCCUUUUGUUUUCUAGGCAUUCGAAAGGAGCCCGUUCCCCCUUGCCCAUAUGAUUCCAAUUCCAUGUCCAUAAUGUCAUGGGGCAAACGUACGGGAUCCACACCAUGUAUUUAAUGUGUAUGGCUUUCUGCAAAGAAUCCUGGAAACUGUAGUUUACCCCUCACUGAGCCACAAGCCUUGCGCCUUUCACAAACUACAGUUCCCAGGAUUCUUUGGGGAUUCUAAUGUGGAUUAAAUGUCUGGUGGAUUCUAAUGUGGAUUAAAUAUCUCUAAUACGCAUUCAAUGUACGGUAUGCAUUGUAACCACUAUUGACCAAGGUUCUGGCACACUGACAGCCAUGCUAAGGAGCAGCCUGCUUGUCUCAGUGCUGAGCAUGCUUUUGUCGUUGCUUAACGCACUUGUCACAACAACUCCCCACCCCACCCCACUCUUUAGACAGUUGAAUUAAGCUUAAUUGGGGCUCUCUGCUAUUGAAGCUAAGCGUGGGUUCACAUAUAUGUUUACAUCUUCCUCUCCUACCAGCCGUUUUCCCUUCAGACCAGGUUGGAUGGGCUGAUCACAGAUUUUUGUCCUCAAGGCUCCUAGCAGCAGCUUUCUGCAGUGUUUAUGCGUGGGCAUUACCCAGUGCCGCUCCACUAAAGUGUGCCACAAGUUGCCACAGAGGAUUUCACAAUGCGGUUGAGAACACGAGCCCCUUUGCGUUCCGCGCAUCAGAGCUUUCACUCACAUCCCACAUGAUCCAAAGCGAAUUCCAAAGCUCUGCUUGAAGAUUAGACAGCAGUUGCAGCCCACAAGACCUCGCCUGAGCCUCGUCAUGCAUUUCAACUCCUCCGGCACCACUGAAGUGUAGAGCAGGCAGGCUGUGUUUCACGCUAGGAGAGCGGCCUGUUGCUUGCAAGCUUUGUGCAACAUUGCCAUCUGGUGAACACAGUGCUGCACCGCAGUGAAGCAUUACCAGCAGGAAACGGGUGUGCACCAACCACAAAAUUCAGUUCAAAGCAAUUAGGAAAACAGCCCACCUCAGUCUGAAGUGCUUUAUGGGCUCCCCAGCCCUGUUCAGCUCAGGGGCUGCCCAAGUCUUCUUCACAAUCCAUGGGAAAUUUACAACCUACUGGGAAAGUUAAAAACAGCUAUCACCUUGUUUCCUUUUCAGGUGGAUGAAAUUUGCAGGCAUAUUAUCCCUUCUGGAGUGGUUUUUUUUUUAAGGAGACAUCUAAAUCUUUAAUUUUGAUAGAAUUGGCUGAAAUUUGCAGGCAAUGGCACCCUUCCUUCGGGUCUGAAUCCUGCCAGGUUUCAGGAGGAAAGCUGCAGUGGUGGGGAGAUAUUCUUGUGAGGAGACACUCUGGUUGAAAAUAGCACCCAAUACAAAACUAUUAGCUGUACAAACCAUCAGUGAUUCGCUGAUAAUUUGGGGGCCUCUGCUUAAUAACAAAAACAGGCAUAACCUGGAUCCUCAUAUUUUUAGGUCUCUAACCUUUAUAUUAUCAGAAACAAAUGAUGAACCACAGAGAACUGAAUAAUCUAAAGCAGAGGUUUUUUUCUGUCUGCAUUUUCUUUGAUGAUUUUUGGGGUCCACAUGAUACCUCCCCCCUUCCCCAUCCUCGCCACCCACUUGAAAUUAGGCCAACGGCCACAUGUACCCCUUAGGUCAGAGACCGAUUUAAGGGAGCAUGACCGGUUCAGUUGCACUGGGUGCCAAGCUGAGAUGGCGCUGAAGGGGCCUCUACAACUAUGAUGUAGGAUGGAAGGCGAGAGGCAGGGGACACUGAAUUUGGGUGCUGCUGAAAUUUGAGACCUCAAGGUCCGCCACUGCGUAGGCUGUCAGUUUUGCAUCCCCACCUUCAAGUACAUGUCGGCUCUUAGUGUUGGUGCCACAGAAUAUUGGCUAAGAAUGUCAUCUGGGAAGGCCCCAGUGCAAGUCCCACUCUGCCCUAGACAAACUAGGCACCUCUCCCAAUGCUUCAGCCCAUCUAUUGUAUGUACAGGGAUAAAAAAAAUACCUUACAAACUUGCUAGAAGGAUUAAUGAGAUACUCUAUGUGGAGGAUUUAUAUAAUUACAUAAUCCAUUCCAAAAUGUUCUAAAUGAUCAUUAUGCUGGUUGUCCACACAGUAGCCAAAACUGGGCACUGCUGGAAGCAAGCUACCCACAAAUAUAAAAGCAUCCCUUAUAGAAGAGUGCAGGUCAAGGCUGAGACAAACAGAAAAUCAGAACAAGAUUAGAUUUGCCCAUGAGCAAACUGCUGCAGUAUUCUUUUGGCUUUCACCUGCAUAUCUAAUUCAUCUAAUGCCAGAGUACAUAGGCAUAACUAUGGGAUUAAUAGCAUCUGCUUCGUUAUCUAAAUGAGGUUUCUGAGGGUUAAUUGAUUUUUGAAAACAUGCCCUCCCGAGGGUCUCUCUAACCAACACUUUGGAAUAUCCAAAGACGGCCUCCAUUUAAUCUAAGUGGGGAUCUAUGCUCAGAGUAGCACUUGCUACAUCAGGGCUUUGGAGGAAAUUAGGAUGCGCCUGCAGAUAUUAGUGUGUUAAUACAAUAAUGAUUUAUUAUGCAAAUUGAAGCAUGGGUGUACAGCUGCAUUUGUGUGUGUGUGUGUUUUAAUAUCAAGCUCUUGAAUUUUACUCUCAAAAAAGCAUGCAAAAAUUAGUUUGCUGUUUAUUAUAUAGUUUCCAGGUUUUGGUUCUCUCGGGAAAACUAAGAUACUUUCAUGAGAAGCCUAAAGAGUAAAGAAGCAGGGUGGAUAGUAUUCACCUUCUUUUUGAGAAGCCAUUGCUCCAAACGGCUCACGAACAGCCUUUCCCAGCUUGCUCUUGGGUGCUUAUAGAGAUGUCAGAGACCAUCUACUACUGAACAAUGGCCCCUGCCCCCAACAUUCAUGGCCUGGAUCACCAGCCAUUUGUGUGUUAAUGCCAACUUAUUACUCAUGAUUAUUUGACGGCAUCACAGUCUCCCAAUGGGGUGGGUUAGUCACUCUGUUGGUCUAAUCCAAGAUGACUGAAUGAGCCAAACGAGAAUCAAAACUCAAGUCGUCGUCCCCCCGCCCCCGAGUAUAAAUCCAACAUACUAACCAUUCCACCACUGACUCUAGUGCAACUACUCUGAAUCAAAGCGGCAACUAACUGGGUUUUUCCACACAUAAAAUUUGGCCAUAUAAUCUUCACUAAGAAUAGCUGACAUAGUAGAUGAAGUGCACAUCUCUUAUUAUAUGAAGCAGCUGUUUGGAAGUUUUCCAGAGUUUUGAGCUAAGCUGGCUCUUUGGUAGCACAGCUGUUGAGAAAAUUUGCUGUUGCAGUAUAUUCACUUAAUAGAGGGCCCAAACCACCAUUAAGAGCUUCCAUGCCUUGUCGAUUCCUGUGUGCAAGUGAAGCAGCUCCAGUGUGGUAAUUUAGACUCGAGAACCUCCUCUUUUCCAUAUGCAUGAAAAUUGUGUCCGGCUGCAUCUUACAUGUUCAACACACAUGCUUCAGAAGUUGUUUAAUACAAAUCUGUCAUGUUACUCAAUCAGAUUAGUUACUUCAAGCAUCUCUGCAGAUUGGAUGCAAUUGCACCUUUGUGGUUACACAAUAUACACAGCCAAAUCUUACGUUUGAGCCCUUGGCAGACCACAGGUGCUCCAUCACUGCCCUAGAAGUAUGCAGCCCUGGACAAAAAUCAAGUUAGUAACCCCUGAUGAAAAGGUAGCGCUAUAUUAUGAAACUGAGUUCAGUUUGAGAAUGCCAGAGUGAAGUCAUGAUCUUUUGGAUAGACAUUUCAAGUACCGGUCCAGCAGAUCUUUUUUUUUGGUGGGGGGGGGGUUACUCUAAGUAGUACCGUAUUUUUCGCCCUAUAGGGCGCACUGGCCCAUAGGACGCACCUCGGGGGUUUUUUUUGGGGGGGGAAUGAAUAAAAAAAAAUUAUUCCCGCCCCCCGGGGGAAGCCCGAGCUUCCCGCGACCCCAGCCCACAGAACAGGCUGCUGCCUGCAAGCCCACGGGAACUCCCCCCGGGGGCGCAAGGCUUGCGGAUAGCUUCCUGAAGCCUGGAGAGCAAGAGGGGUCGGUGCGCACCGACGCCUCUCGCUCUCCAGGCUUCAGCGAAAGCCUGCAUUCGCCCCAUAGGACGCACACACAUUUCCCCUUCAUUUUUGGAGGGGAAAAAGUGCGUCCUAUAGGGCAAAAAAUACGGUACUUAUUUCCAAGUCUGAUAACUAAGACAAUGUUACCCUUUUCAUUUCAGCAGCCACAGAACAAAGGAUGUACCCUGAAGAUCCAUUUGAACCCCACUCAAAGUACUGGACUGCUGGUGCUGCCUUACUGUACAAGCACUGGGAUGAAUCGGAAGGCCAAUCCUUGUAG